CCUCCAAAAAUUCCCGCUCUUGGUGAAUGCUGCUGUCUCAUGUACAUUUGGCCAGCCGACAUCACCAACUGUAUGGCGGGUAUUGGGCUUUCUCGUUGCGAUAUAUAAAUUGAAUCGCGGGUCUUGAGAUCGUCAGUCAACUGCUAGGAUUGCUCAAAAAUAAAACGAAAUGCGAGCUUUUGUAUUACUGUCUUGUUUGGCACUCGCCGCGGCCAGACCCGAACCCCCAAGUGGAUAUAACUACAAUCGUCCAUCUGGAGGAGGACUUAUUGGGGGCAGCGGUCACGGGGGUGGUUUUGGAUCAGGAGGACACAGUAGUGGUGGAUUCGGUGGAUCAGGACUCGGCGGAAGUUUCGGAGGUGGAAUCGGUGGUGGAUUGUCUCAUGGAAUAGGAGGCUCUGGAUUUGGUGGUGGAUCCGGAUUCGGUAGCGGAUUUGGUGGUGGAUCCUCCCACUUCGGAGGUUCUGCUGUUGUUCAGAAACACAUCUACGUGCAUGUUCCACCGCCAGAGCAGGAGGAAUUCCGUCCCCAGAAACACAUCCCUGUUGGACAAGCCCAGAAGCACUAUAAAAUUAUCUUCAUCAAGGCUCCAUCCCCACCAUCGUACCAGGCACCAGUUAUCCCUGUUCAGCCACAGAAUGAAGAGAAGACUCUUGUCUACGUUCUCGUGAAGAAACCCGACGAACAGCCCGAUAUUGUCAUUCCCACGGCUGCUCCCACGCAACCCAGCAAACCCGAAGUCUACUUCAUCAAGUACAAGACACAGAAGGAAUCUGUUGGCGGUGGUCACGGUGGUGCUGGUGGUCUUGAUCUCGGUGGCUUAGGAGGUGGUCUUGGCGGUGGUCUUGGCGGUGGACACGGAGGUGGUCUCGGCGGAGGACUCGGCGGUGGACACGGUGGUGGUCUCGGCGGAGGACUCGGUGGAGGACUCGGCGGUGGACAUGGUGAUCUCUCAUCUGGAGCCGGGGUUGAUCUCUCAUCUGGCCAUGGAAGCUCGGGACCAUCCUCAUCGUAUGGACCACCUGGUAAAACUGGAGGGCCAUAUUAAACGAUAACGACAAUUCUAGCUAGUCCUAAAACAUCUUUAAGAAAAGCCUGUUGUAAAUAUGUUUCCUUCUUAGUUAAUAACGAAUUUGUGUACCUACGAAUUUUGCAAUAAAACGGUGACAAAAUUUAAAA